GGUCACGUCACGCGCGUGCGCUCUCCGCGUGCCCUCAACGGCGCGGAGGACGUUAGCCCUUCGGCGUGGUGGUUUCCUUAGAGACGGAGUCGGCCCAGGUGGCGGCCACCAGGAGACCGGCACCGUGAGACUCCUGGAGAAGUCAAAAUGCCGGCAAAGGACAAGAGGAAAGUCAAAAACAAAGAGCAAGAUCAAAAGAAAGAAGUAAAAGUAGAGGACAAUGCAAUCGAACGAGCCAAAGCCAAUGCCUCUCUCUGGGAGGCCAGACUGGAAGUCACAGAACUCUCUAGGAUUGAGUAUCGCGAUACUUCCCGAAGACUGGCAAAAAAUAAUGAAGACUUAAAGAAACAGCAGUAUAAACUGGAAAAAGACACCAUGUCUGUAUUAAGCUACUUGAAGAAGCAGGAUCAGGAGAAAGAUAAUAUGAUAGAAAAACUGAAGCAGCAGUUGGCUGAGACAAAGGAAAAAGCCAAGGAAGAGAAGGAAAAAUUGGAACAAAAGUAUUCUAUGCAAGUCAGUGAAUUGGAGGGACAGUUUCAUCAAAAAGCCAAGGAAAUUGGCAUGAUUCAGACAGAGCUAAAGACAAUAAAACAAUUCCAGAAGAGGAAAAUACAAGUGGAAAAAGAAUUAGAAGAUCUGAAAGAAAAUCUAAGGAACUCAGAGAAGAACUAUCAGGAGACCCUUAGAAGACUAGAAAGCAGAUUUUUUGAAGAAAAGCACCGGCUGGAACAAGAGGCUGAGAAGAGGAUCAUGAUACUGGCCGAGAGAGCCCACCAUGAAGCUGUGGUGCAGCUGAACACUGCGGGAAGAAACGUCUUUAAAGAGAAUGUUUAUCUUCACAAGGCGCUCGCAUACCACUUGAAGGCAGCUGAGGCUCAACAGAAGAACUCCAAGAAGAUGGAAGAGAGUCACUCCUGCCUUAUACACCAAAAGGAAAUCAAUGAUCUGUUGGUUAAGGAAAAGAUUAUGCAACUCAUGCAGCAAAGAUCACAGAUCCAAGCUCUUCAGAAGAAGGUGGUGAGCUUGGAGAAUGCUCUGACCUACAUGACCGCAGAGUUUGAGGCUGAAGUUUCAAAGCUGCAGCAAAAGGCACUCAUAGAGAACCAAGCAGGUUUGGUAGAGAUCGACAAGCUGCAGCAGCUUCUUCAGAUGAAGGACAAGGAGAUGAACCGCAUAAAGAAGCUGGCCAGGAACAUACUGGAUGAGAGGACAGAAGUGGAACAGUUCUUUCUAGACGCUCUCUACGAAGUGAAGCAACAGAUUCUGAUCAGCAGGAAGCAUUAUAAGCAAAUAGCACAAGCUGCUUUCAAUUUAAAAAUGAGAAUGGCGUGUGCAGGAAGGACAGAAUACCCCCGAAUCAGGACCUUUGACGGCAGAGAACAAAGCACCAAUAGUGUGAAUCAGGACCUCACGGAGGCUGAAAAAUGGCCAACUACUCAAGAAAAUGUGGAUAUUAGAGAUUUGACCUGGGAACAAAAGGAAAAAGUCUUAAGAUUGCUCUUUGCAAAAAUGAAUGGCUUUGCUGCCAGGAAAUACAGUCAGAGUUCUAAGCCUCCUGUUCCAGACCAUAUUACUUAUGACAGUGGAGAAAUGAAAGAAAGUAGGGAGGAACCUGGCCUUCCAGAUCAAACCUUCAUCACCCAGCAAGUGCCAGUAUCAGACUCCAAUAAAAUGGUGUCACCUGGUGUUAUUCCUCAAGAAUUACAGGACUCUGACAUAGAGCCUAGGAAAUGAUGACUCCUCAGCAGAUGCAAGCGGACCUUCUUUAUGUGAUCUUGCUCUGAAUAUGUUCAAGACAGAUUCUCAAAGAAAAAGAGAAUUCCAACUCAAAAGUUACCUGUUUGCCAUAGAAAUUGGUGUCUCCCCUGAAGGAAGAUCGAGAGCCAGUGAAGGAAAACAUUGGCAAAGGCACUGGAAUGGGGACAUUCACGCCCACCUAAAAAACAAAUCACAUCAAAGUUGAAGAGAACUCCCCAAAGGGCUCGAACCACAGUGCCCAUGUAGAAGCUCAAAGGCAACAGAGAUUAAUUUUAUUUUUGCUUUGGUUUUUAGAUUUUGUUUGGUUUGAGGUUUUUUUUUUUUCUUUUUGAGAUAUCAAUUUUAAGUAGUCAUCUUGCACCCUGGUGCUCCACCCUAAGAACUUUUAUUCCUGAGGAAGAGAUGGGUAAUUGUGGGCAAUUAAAGGGACAGUGUUCAAACAA